UCGGGUGGCGGAGCAGCGCACCGCGACCAGCGAAUUCCCGCUACCCGGCUGCGGCGGGGAGCCAGCGCGGCGGCCCUGCUUCUCUCGGGGGUCUGGGGACAUGGCCAGAAAGGCUUUCAAGCUUGCUUCGUGGACCAGCAUGGCUCUUGCUGCUUCUGGCAUCUACCUUUACAGUAAUAAGUACUUGGACCCUAAUGACUUUGGUGCUGUCCGGGUGGGCAGAGCCGUUGCUACGACAGCUGUCAUCAGUUAUGACUACCUCACCUCUCUGAGGAGUGUCCCCUAUGGCUCAGAGGAAUACCUGAAGUUGCGAUCCAAGGUGCACCUCCGAUCUGCCAGGCGUCUCUGUGAGCUCUGCUGUGCCAACCGGGGCACCUUCAUCAAAGUGGGCCAGCACCUGGGGUCUCUGGACUAUCUUCUGCCAGAGGAGUACACCAGCACACUGAAGGUGCUACACAGCCAGGCCCCGCAGAGCAGCAUGCAGGAGGUCCGCCAGGUCAUCCGCGAGGACCUGGGCAAGGAGAUCCAUGAUUUGUUCACGAGCUUCGACGACACCCCUCUGGGGGCAGCCUCCCUGGCCCAGGUCCACAAGGCGGUGCUACGUGACGGGCGGACGGUGGCCGUGAAGGUCCAGCACCCAAAGGUGCAGGCUCAGAGCUCGAAGGACAUGCUCCUGAUGGAGGUGCUCGUCCUGGCUGUGAAACAGCUAUUCCCAGAGUUUGAGUUUAUGUGGCUGGUGGAUGAAGCCAAGAAGAACCUGCCUUUGGAGCUGGAUUUCCUCAAUGAAGGGAGGAAUGCUGAGAAAGUGGCCCAGAUGCUCAAGCACUUUGACUUCUUAAAGGUCCCCCGAAUCUACUGGGAGCUGUCCACCAAGCGGGUCCUCCUGAUGGAGUUUGUGGACGGCGGGCAGGUCAAUGACAGAGACUACAUGGAGAGGAACAAGAUCGAUGUCAACGAGAUCUCGCGCCACUUGGGCAAGAUGUACAGUGAGAUGAUCUUUGUCAAUGGCUUCGUGCACUGCGACCCCCACCCGGGCAACGUGCUGGUGCGGAAGCACCCGGGCACGGGCAAGGCAGAGAUUAUCCUGUUGGACCAUGGACUCUACCAGGUGCUCACAGAAGAGUUCCGCCUGGAUUACUGCCACCUCUGGCAGUCUCUGAUCUGGACUGACAUGAAGCAGGUGCAGGAGUACAGCCAGCGCCUGGGAGCCGGGAACCUCUACCCCUUGUUUGCCUGCAUGCUGACGGCCCGGUCGUGGGACUCGGUCAACAGGGGCAUCAGCCAAGCCCCAGUCACUGAGACUGAGGACACAGAGAUUCGCAACAAUGCAGCCAACUACCUCCCCCAGAUCAGCCAGCUCCUCAACCACGUGCCGCGCCAGAUGCUGCUCAUCUUCAAGACCAACGACCUGCUGCGUGGCAUCGAGGCCGCCCUGGGCACCCGCGCCAGCGCCAGCUCCUUCCUCAACAUGUCACGUUGCUGCAUCAGGGCGCUGGCCGAGCACGAGAAGAAGAACACCUGUUCAUUCUUGAGGAGGACGCAGAUCUCCUGCUGUGAGACCUUCAGCCUGUGGCAGAUCAGCCUUCACGAGCUCAUGCUGCGUGUGAAGGGGCUGAGGCUGCCCAGCUGGGCCGUGGCCCUGCUCUGCUGGCUGUUUCCUGCUCUGCACUGAGUCGACUCGUGUCCCUUGCCUCUUCCUGGUGUCCUUUCACUCCUCAGUCCCUGGUUUUGCUGCGUGGGGGCCUGCAGUCCCAGGGCCAUUGUUCAGGACACCGCUAUCCUCCUCAUUGGAAUUCCACUCCCACACUGCGGCCCUUGUCUCAUGGCCCAGACUGCACUGUGGAGUUAGCUGUCUCGCCUUGGCCAAGGGAAGACUCAGCAGCCCACUUCCCAACUCCUAGAAUGUGCCAUGGGGUUGGAUGUCCCCCCACUCCGUCAACCCUUUCCAUAGUCAGGAUGGACCACACGUGCCACUGAGGGCACAUCAAAUGUGUAGGAUGUUUGAUUUUGUUGGAGGUGAGCGUGGUCUCUGUACUUGCUAGAGAACAGUUCCCUCUCCUUGCCAUAUCAGUCCCCAGAAGUGUCACACCCUAGCGAGGUGGUUUGGCCUCUGAGGGCUGACUCUGUUGCAGCUGUGAAUUCACUGCUGUCACAGUAAUCCCUUUGGUGUUUUACGUACUGUGUUUCAAUAAAGACCACGUCAAGGUUGCAGGGUUUGUCCAUCCUAGCUCACUGCCCACCUAUCUGACCCCAAUCACAUGCCCUUCCAGAGAGCUUGCCAAAGACUUACAGUUCCCUUGGUUGCUGAUUCCUCAGGAUUUCCUAGGGAGACCCAGGGAGAAUAAGGUCAGGGCCUGGUUGGGAGUGAGCCCACACUGGCUGUUAGGUAGGGGUGGACCUGAAUGCCAAGUGCUGGUGUGAUCUUUUGCUUGGCCUCUUAUCCCUAUAAUCCUUCCAACCUGUAGGGCCACUACCUGCUUCUUGGAGGUUUCUCUUACCUUCCAAGACUCUGAGACCUUGGUUGGAGGAGCCAGGAAGCCCAAGGCCAGAAACUCAGAGGCUCAGCCAAAACCUUGGAUUUUGGUCAUUUUCUGUUAAAGCACCUGCUUUGUUCUAAUUGUUUCCCGACUUAUCCUGAGUUAUUUGGUUCUCAUUCAGUGACCUCAGUUUCAGGCCUGGGAUUCUACCAGCUCCUCCCAGUGCUUCUGGAGCCACUAGUCCUACUGCUGAAACCUUGGUCGCUAUGGCUAGGUUGCCACUCUGAUACCUGUCACCUGUUUGAACUGUGUUUCUACCCCAUCCUACCUCCAGCCUGGUUGUCUGCUCCUUUUUCUGAAACAUCCCUAAAUUCCUGCUCUAACUCCUGUGUCUGGGUAGUCUCCAGCCCCUGAGAUCCCAGAUUUGGAGCACUCGUGCUCACAGACAGUGAUUGCAUUUGCAUCUCUGAUCUUACAUUGCCCCAUUCACAAGGGCAGAAAAACCCUGAGUUUGAGCCUAAUUUUUCUGUUUUCUUUAUUCAUAGUACUACGAGCAGGUUUUUCAGUGACCAAAGACGAUUCACAAUCCUUUUAUUUCCUGAAAGAAUUAAUUGUUCUUAGUGACCAGUUGGAUGUACCCAGGGGCCUGCGAGUAAUUUGCAGUAUCUGUUGUUAAUCAUGAGGAUGCAUGCUGCAUAUUAUAUUUUAUGGUGUCUUUUAUAGCCACUGAAGUAAAUAUAAAUGUCCUUUUUGUUCAAGGUAA